AUGUUUGAUGAGAAUGAGAUACAGAUGGUGACGACAUGGCAGUGCGGAAGGAGUAGGUGCAGAUGGUACCCAACUAAUAUUGAUACCCAUUCGUAUUUAGAUACUGCUUUGGAUUCUGAGACUCCGUUGACGGUUUUUCCCGUUGAAAUUAACUUAAAGAACGUCAACAUCAUCCAAAUUAAUUUGGAUUGCCACUUACAUGAUGAUGAAGAUCCAAAUCUGAAAUAUCUUCAGUCCUAUAAAGAUGCAAAGCAGGAGGAAUUUUUUAUGCUAGUACAAGGGCAGAUGACAGUUGUAGAAUAUCAAGUGAAAUUUAUUGAACUUUCAAAGUAUGCCCAAGUUCUACUAAGCAACAAAAUUGAUAAAUGCAGACGAUUUGAAAAUGGGUUAAGGGAAAACAUUCGGUCAGUAGUAACAGGUGCAGGCUGGAAUGAAUUUCGUAAAUUAGUGGAAUCAGUUUUGAGAGUAGAAAAGAGCAUUUCUGAUAGGCCAAGUGUUAGAGAACAAACAAUGUUCAGGGCAAGCGGUAGUCAGACAAUGAUAGAUCAGAGAGAUGAUUCAGUUAAUAGAACAAGUGCAAAUAGUGUAGCCCACUCUAAUAUUACAAGCGGUAGUAGUACAAAAUCAAAAGGUCAGGCAGGACGGCUGAAGACCCAGGGCAAAGUUUUUGCUAUGACUCAGCAGGCGGCAGAGGAGUCACCAGAUGUUAUCAUGGGUAUGUUGUCUAUUUUUGAUAGAAAUGCUCGUAUUUUGAUUGAUCUUGGAUCUACACAUUCUUUUAUAUCAUUUGCAUUUGCUUUAUAUGUGAAUCAAAAGCCAGAAAUUUUAGGCAGUUGUUUGGUAGUGAAUAUACCAGUGGAAAAAUCACUAUUAGCAAACAAUAUAUAUCGAGAUUGUGGGAUUAAGGUAAAGGAGAACGAGCUAAAGACAAAUUUAAUACCUCUUGAGAUACAUGAUUUCAAUGUUAUCUUGAGUAUGAACUUUCUGGCAUCAAAUCGAGCUUCAGUUGAUUGCUUUCGAAAGGAUGUUGUGUUUAGACAGUCAGGACAGCCUGAAAUUAUAUUCAAUGGACAUCGCAAAAUUUUAUCGUCUUGUUUGGUAUCUGCUAUUGAUACUAGAAGAUUACUCAACAACGGCUGCUAUGUAUAUUUGACUCAUGUGAUUGAUAUAGAUGUUAGCAAACUAAAACUUGAAGACAUCCCAGUGGUCAAGGACUUUCCAAAUGUAUUUCCAGAAGAAUUACUAGGCUAA